UGAAGGGGGUGCUUAAAAAUUGGAAUUGGGAAGUAUUUGGGAACAUCUUUGAAAAAAUUAAGGAGUUGGAGGAGAGUGUAAGAGUUUCUGAGGGGAAUUUGCAGUCUAAUCCCUCUGAUGAGAAUCUCACUUAGUACAAACUGGCUCAAGCUAAGCUACAGAGGCAGGUGAGAAUUGAGGAGGGAUUUUGGCAGCAGAAGUCCCACACACAAUGGGUGGUGGAGGGUGAAAGAAACUCCAAAUACUUCCAUGGUUUAGUUAACGAAAGAAGGGUUAGACAGAUGAUUCACAAGGUGAAAAAUGAUGAGGGAGAGUGGGUUGAAAAUCAGAACCAAAUAGCAGAACUGGCUGUGGAUUUCUUCCACAGGUUCUAUUCUGCGGAACCUAUAGAGAGAGAUCUAUCUAUCAUUGAUUGUUUGCAUGCAGGUGUUACUGAAGCUGAGAAUCAGAUGCUGGUAGCAGAGCCAUCACAGGAGGAGAUCAGGGCCAGGGUAUUUAGCAUGAACCCCAAUAGUGCAGCUGGCCCUGAUGGUUUUGGAGGAGACUUUUAUCAAAUCUGUUGGGGAAUAAUCAAGCAAGACUUAAGCAACCUGACUGGCAGGUGUGUUGAGAAUGGAGCCUUGGAUGUAAGGAAGGUGGGCAUUCAGGAUCAGACUGUAGGUCAAGGAAUUUACUUGGUACAAGAUAGGAAAGACAAGGCAAUAUGAGAGCCUACUG